AUGCAGAAGAACCGGCUUCUGGAGGAAGAGAAAAUCGGUCUUAGUCAAGCCAACGCUCGGCUUUCUUCCAAGCUGAGCGAGCUCGAAACCGACAUUUCCCAGCUCCGAGGAGAACUCGACUCGGUUAAGUCAGAUGCCUCCAAUUUGGCCGAGAGGCACCGACGACUCGAAUCCGAGAGUACUAAGUAUGCGGAGAGAAUGAGGGUUUUCGAACAAAAAGCCGAGGACCGGGCUCGAAUGUGCGAUGAACUAAGAACCAGACUUGAAGAGACGGUCGAGGCGAAUGAUAUACUUAAAGCUGAGCUUGAAUCGGCCAACCAAUAUCGGAGCAUCCUCGACGAGGAAAGGAACGGGUUCCUAGUUAGGCUGGCCCGGGCUGAAGCCGGUUUGGCAGAAGCCUUGAAAAAUUUGGAGGCUGCCGAAGCAUACUCCACAGUUGUAGUGGAGCAUGAGCGGUGGAGGUCUCGGAGGAUCACCCUCGAGGAAGCCGAGCGUGGCUUUACUGAUCUCCCAGCCCUUAUUCUAGAGGCUAGAAGAACUGAGGAUGUAGCGAAGAGGGCUCUUGACUCCGACUCCGAAGAUUCUGAACGGACAGAGUCCGAGCAUUCAGGCUCUAGUCAAACCGGAUAG